AUGGCUUUAAAUCCAAACAACUUAUCACUCGGAGGUCUUGGUCCCAACAGCAUUGAGCAGAUUCUUAGAUUUCGGCAGGAACGAAACCAACGGGUACCAAAAUGUGCCCGAUGUCGAAAUCACGGCACUGUUUCAGCACUCAAAGGUCACAAACGUUACUGCAAAUGGAAGGAUUGCUUGUGUGCUAAAUGUACUUUAAUUGCGGAACGGCAACGUGUGAUGGCGGCACAAGUAGCACUACGUCGACAGCAAAGUCAAGAUGAAAAGGAAGCUAAAGAUUUAGAGUUAUUAUUGGGCGCUGAGAAAGCGGACAAAUUAUUGAAGUUUAUACGUCAAGAUGAAACAGCUUCUAGUGGCGGAUGCGAAAGUAUAUUUGGCAGUAACUUGCAACUUCAGGAAGGUUAUUAA